UCUGGUGCAAGCAAAUUCAGUCAUCAUGAUCAACUCAUCCUUACUCAUUCUUGCACUUGCGCUCAACCUAUUUGUUCGCUCAUCAACCUUAGCUUUGCCUGCGAGUAGAAUCAAAGAUGACUCAGCAAACCAAGAUAGCUUUAAUUCUGUGAUGGACGAAGAUGCAGUGAAUGUAGCAGGACCUGGUGAUUCUUCCCCAAGGAGAUUCCCUCUUGUAGAGAGAAGGCUGGCUGAUGAAGAUGGCACUAAGAGGAUCUUUAUCCUUUCAGAUUUGGGAUCAAAAGGGGCUUCUUGGAGUGACGCAAGCUCUGGUUUUGGACGAGCAUUUCCCGUGCUAUCACCAUGGAGAAUUGACCGCGCUCUUGCUGCAACUCAGAAGAAUGAGUGGCACAAUGCAGAUGAUCUCAUCCCCAUGGCCAAGAGAAACACGGACAAUAAGAUGCUUUGGUGCAUGAUCGGGAGGGUGUACCGUCCCUGCUGGUAGGCUUGAAGAUGGAAGAUGGGAAAAACACAGCCACGACUUACCUUAUGACUCGAUCUGGUCAUAUUCAUCCAAAUAUAUUCACAGAACCAAAAUAA